AUGCUCUUGGCGACGCCAAAAGUCACCUCCGUCUAUCCUCGCAUGGUGCCGUGGCUGGACCGCAGCCAGCGUGCAGUAGAACUCGACGAGGAUCCAAGCUUGCUGAUUGUGGGCCUGGGCUUCGUGAACACCAACUUGCUCCGAUGCCGGCUUGUCGACACGUUUGGCCAUGCUAUUGCUUCGCCCUACGCCUCCUUCAUCAGCUCCACGCAGGUGCGCUGCGGCCUUCCUCCCUUCGAGCUGCCAGGAAGCUCCAACGUGAAGAUUGAGGUGUCGAAUGACGGCACCGAGUGGUCCACGGAGAGUUUCGAGGUCUACAUCGUCUCCGCGCUCGAGCUCCGCAAGGUCACAUUGCGCCCUGCCUUCGGAGUCCCGACCGGGUCGAACGCGGUGCAGGUCACGACAGCAUCCUCCCUGCCCAAGGUUGCUACGCUGGGCUGCCUCUUCGGUUUGGGCGAGGAGUCACGCUCAGAGGCCAUCUUCCUCAGUGCCAAUGAUGUCCUCUGCGUCGCGGACCAGCCGGUUCGAAGCCUCGGUCUCCGGCAAGCUGGACUGGCUGACCCCGGGCGUCAAAAGAGUCGUCUUUACUCAGAGAUCGGAUUUCGCUUGACACUGGCCCCGAGAACUGGUCGCACCGGCGAUCCGCGACUGUUGACAUCUUCUGCGACAGCUUUCGUCUACACGAGAUCUCCCACCUUCAAUCGGCUGGUGCCCAACUUCGGAUCGCUGAACUUGCCUCUGGUGGUCAAGGGAGAGUACUUCCCGAUGGACAUCGCGAACAGGUCUCAAGUGCAGUGCUUCUGGUCUCUCACGCGCGUCGUCACGCCGGGCACACUCCUCUCAGAUACGGAGCUGCGCUGCACUUCUCCCAGCGUGCUGCCCAUCCUCCAGCUCACGGGUGCCCUUGGUUCAGUGGACCGGCUCUCGAGAAUCUCCUUCGAUGGGGGCAGGAAUUUCCAUCCGGUGGCCGCGGCCGGCUUGUCUUUUGUCGGGAACUUACGUUCUUGGGACGAAUACUGA